UAUGCCUCCUAUAAGACGAAGCAAUUUAGGUAGAAGAACCAGAAAUGCUACAAACCAAGCUAAUUACCGAUCUAAUCGUACUGCACAAGAACGUGACGACGGAAAUGAACGUGAAAGAAUUCGGAUAUCACAAACGCGUGAAGCGCGAGCGCGACAUUCAACUAACAAUCGCGCAAGUUUGAAUCGAGCUGCUUUCAGUUACGAUGUGUCAAUUGACUACAGUAACUACCAAUGUGUUGUUAUUGGUUCUAUGAACUUGGUUUGCUCACACUGUAAGGCAUUAAAAUACAAAAACGAAGCCAAUGGAUUGUGUUGCGCAAAUGGUAAAGUGAAAUUGAUACCAUUGGAUCCACCACCAGAACCAUUGUACUCAUUGGUUUCAGGAAUAGGAACAGAUUCUAUACACUUUUUGACACAUAUCCAACAAUAUAACAAUUGCUUUCAAAUGACUUCAUUUGGGGCAACAAAUGUAGUUCGGGAAAAUUUUAUGCCUACUUUCAAGAUACAAGGGCAAAUAUAUCACAGAGCAGGUUCACUAUUACCAGUGUCAGGUAGCGCCAACAAAUUCCUGCAAAUUUAUUUUAUGGGCAAUUCACCACAAGAAAUUGAUCUGCGUUGUGCACAUAACAAUUUAGUAAAGAGAGCUGAUAAAACACCUGCAGGUCAACAUACAAGACGUUUUAAUGCACCAACUAUUGAUGAAGUUGCUAUCGUUGUAGUUGGAGAAAACUUGGAAUCCCGUGAUAUUGUUUUACAUCGUCGGAAUGAUCAAUUACAACGUUCUGAAACUAACAAAAAAGUCAGUUCAAUGAAGUUGAAUCAAACCAAACUCCGAUCUGAAGAGUAUAUUCACCUUCGAGAUGCGAUUAAUACUGAUGGAAAUGCACAGAAUGUCGGUCGGAUGACUAUUCUUCCAGCAACAUACAUCUGA